CCAGCCUCUUCACGCGACACGACGCAGACUCAAAAAUCAUGGCGGACGAAGUUGAGCAGCAACCGACAACCAACACGGUAGAGGAGCCUCUGGAUCUGAUCAGACUCAGUCUAGAUGAACGAAUCUACGUCAAGAUGAGGAACGACCGGGAGCUCCGUGGCAGAUUGCAUGCCUACGAUCAGCACCUGAACAUGAUCCUGGGUGAUGUGGAAGAGACGGUGACGACAGUGGAGAUUGAUGAGGAGACUUAUGAAGAACUCUACAAGUCGACCAAGAGAAACAUCCCCAUGCUGUUUGUAAGAGGAGACGGCGUUGUCCUGGUAGCUCCACCUCUCAGGGUGGGAUAAAUCCGAGCGUGUCCUAGUGUGAAGGAGGGUUUGUUUCAAAUCAUGAGGGAGAGGCCAGUGCUGCCAUGACAGACUGAAACAGAUCUCAGGCAUCUUCAUCAGACGUCCCAGAGGUCAGACUCCUGUCAGCAUCAAAGUCCUCUCACUUUACAUCAAAGAAACGUCACUUGUUAUUAUUUCGUUUUCUGUUUUGGCUGAGAAUAAAAAUCAAAGUUUGAGUAAAGGAAAAAAUAGGGAGGACAUCUUGGAAAGAAUGAGUGUGUUUUGGUUUUUAAUAUUUUAUUUGGGAAACUGAUUUAAAAAAAAAAAAAAAGAAAAAGUAUUACCAGACAUAAAACCGAGCAAGAGUGUUAUUUUUCCGGAUUCUUGAUUUUGAAAUGCCUCAGUUAGUUUUAUGUUGGUUCCCUCCAGAAGUGUUGGAAGUUUCUUUGAACAGAUGAUCUGUGAAUAUUUGGGACGUUUUUUUUUUUUCUCAGUUUCUGUUGGAUGGUUUUAGUUAAAUCUUUUUAUAUGUAUUUUUGUAGUGUCGUAUGGAUGGAAAUGUUGCCCAGAUGUGUAAACAGACAUUUUUUUUUCUCCUUUUUUUCGGUUAAGAUAAAAUUGAAUAAAAAAAAGAUAAUUGGAAAAAGAAAA